AUGUCUGACACAGCACCGUCCACCGAGCAAGCUUUGGCUUCGGUUUCGCGUUCGCGUUCGCCGAGUGCUGCUCCUGUCGAUGCAGCCGAGGCGGCGCGGCUGAAACGCGAAGCUCGCAAAGCUCGAAUCCUCAGCAAAGGUUCGGACCGUCUAGCACGCAUCACCAAUACCGGCCGUGGCGAAGGCGCGUCUGCCUACCUCAAUGACAACACUACGUCGCUACCUUGUACGCCUGCUGCGCGACCUGCAGCCGCGGCAAGUGCCCCCGCCGCAGUCGCAGUCGCCGACGAUGACGAUCCGCUCGAGGUGGACAUCUCUACUCUACCGCCCAGACAGAAUCGGCUGGAGGGCGACGAGGCUCCGAAUCCAUUUGGCAUGUUUGGUGGUGGUUUGAAUGGCACAUCAGGGCAGAACCCUAUGGAGGCGCUUAUGGCCAUGAUGCAAGGUGGACUUGGUGGUCCCGGUGCGGGCGGUGCGGACGGUGCGCCUGGUGGUCAAGCAGACAUGUCUGGUCUGCCACCGCAGCUUGCAGCGAUGAUGCAGCAGUUCGGUGCGGCUCCUGGUGCGGCUGGCGGAGCGGCUGGCUUACGCAGAGCGACAGCGACAAAGUCGACUGCCGAACGAUGCUUUGACGUGCUACAAGCUGUGCUCGUGCUCGCGCUCGCGGUGUUCGCGGUGAAGUCGUCGCUUGUAGACUUGGACCGAUCGGGAGUCAUGCCACCAACCAUGGGCGACUCCACCACUAGCGGCGGCGCCACUCUGGCUCCGACACUCGUCCAAAGAUGGGCUGCACUCGGUUACCAGCAACCUAGGCCGAUCGAGUGGUCGACGAUCUCGGCGCGCUUGCCUCUGUUCUGGAUCUUUGUCUCGCUCGAAGUGGUUUUACAAGCAUCACGCAUCCUGAUGUUCUCGCGCAAAUCCCCGCCACCCCCCUCGCUCCUCUCGACGCUCACAUCGAUGCUGCCGAUCCGCAACUUGCAUCUGGCUCUCACGCUCGCCGCCAAGUACGUCGCGCUCCUCAACGCGCUCGUCAAUGACGUCUGUCUGCUGGCCUUCGUUUUCGGCAGCAGCGUGCUCUGGAGCUCGUGGAUGCUAGGCGGCACAGCCAUGCUAGAUCAUACCGUCAACACGUUGGUCCAUAAUGAGUUGUAG